AUGUCUGUAAGUGAGAAAGUAUCUCUUUCGGAUGCGUUAAGCAAUGUGGAUGUUCUGGAUGAACUAACUUUACCAGAUGAGCAGCCCUGUAUUGAAGCAGCACCUUGUUCAAUUCUCUACCAGGCCAACUUUGACACAAACUUCGAGGACCGAAAUGGUUUUGUCACGGGAAUUGCAAAGUACAUCGAAGAAGCUACUGUUCAUGCGAACCUGAAUGAACUUCUAGAGGAGGGCAAUGCUCACGCGGUAAUGCUUUACACCUGGAGAUGCUGCAGCAGAGCGAUUCCCCAGCCCCGUUCCAACGAACAACCGGACAGAGUGCAUAUAUACGAGCGCACUGUACAGGUGUUGGCUCCAGAAGUCGAAAAGUUGCUGCAGUUCAUGUACUUUCAGCGUAAAGCGAUAGAACGCUUUUGCGGUGAAGUGCGCCGCCUUUGUCACGCUGAGAAGAGACGGGACUUUGUGUCAGAGGCGUAUCUGCUGACACUGGGCAAGUUCGUGAACAUGUUCGCUGUGCUCGACGAGCUGAAGAACAUGAAGAGCUCUGUCAAGAACGACUACUCUACUUACCGAAGGGCGGCUCAGUUCCUGAAAGUGAUGGCUGACAGUCAGAGCCUCCAAGAGUCACAGAACUUAUCGAUGUUCCUCGCGACACAGAACAAAAUUCGGGACACUGUGAAGGACGCGCUUGAGAAGAUCAAUGGCUACGAAGACCUGUUAGCCGACGUGGUGAACAUUUGCGUUCACAUGUACGAGACGAAGAUGUACCUGACCCCAUCGGAAAAACAUAUGCUGGUGAAGGUCAUGGGUUUUGGUCUAUUCUUGAUGGACUCCGAUCUGUGCAACAUCAACCGACUGGACCAGAAAAAGAAGAUUCGCCUGGACCGAAUCGACAGGAUCUUUAAGAAUCUCGAGGUGGUGCCGCUUUUUGGUGAUAUGCAAAUUGCUCCAUUCAAUUAUAUCAAGAGAUCCAAGCACUAUGACCCCAGCAAAUGGCCCAUGUCUUCCAGCCCCAAUCCGCCAUCUCCUCAAGCAGACCUAAUGGUCCACCUACCUCAGAUCAGAGAGGAACACCAGAACUAUAUAUCGGAGCUCGCUAGAUAUAGCAAUGAGGUGACAACAACAUUUAAAGAGGCCGGUUCAGAUGCGGAGAAUAAGGCGGUGACGGAACUGUGUCUCCGGGGCUUGCAGCUGCUGUCUUCUUGGUGUUCAGUGCUGACGGAACUGUGCUCGUGGAAGUUGCUUCAUCCAACCGACCAUACUAUUAACGCGAGAUGCCCUCCCGAUGCAGAGGAGUAUGAGAGGGCGACCCGCUACAACUACACAUCGGAGGAGAAGUUCGCGAUGAUAGAAGUGAUAGCGAUGAUCAAAGGUCUCCAGGUUCUCAUGGCUCGUAUGGAGACAGUCUUCGCUGAUGCGGCCCGCCGUUCGAUAUACGCGGAGCUUCAGGACUUUGUGCAGUUGGUCCUUCGCGAGCCGUUGCGGAAGGCUAUUAAGAAUAAGAAGGACCUUAUACGCAGUAUCAUAGUGUCGGUGCGGGAGACAUGCGGUGAUUGGGCGCGUGGCUGCGAACCUCAACAGGAUCCCGCCCUGCGUGGAAAGAAAGACGCAGACGCUAGCUUCACCAUCAAAGUGCCACGUCGUAACGUUGGCCCGUCAUCCACACAGCUGUAUAUGGUCCGCACUCAGCUGGAAGCCCUCAUAUCGGACAAGUCCGGGGGCAGGAGGACCCUACGCAAGGAUCUGGAUGCGACGACGUUGACUCAGAUUGAGGCAUUCCACCGCCAAAGCUUCUAUUGGGGCUACCUACUGAAUCUGUCAGAUUCCUUACAAAAAUGCUGUGAUCUCUCCCAGCUUUGGUACAGGGAGUUCUAUCUAGAGAUGACAAUGGGAAGGAAAGUAAAUAAAUGUAUGGUCCGCCACCAACACAACGAGGAGUGCAACGAUCUGAUCACCAUGGAGAAGCGUAUCCAGUUCCCCAUAGAGAUGUCCAUGCCUUGGAUACUCACGGACCACAUACUGCGGAGCAAAGAGCCUGCUAUGAUGGAAUAUGUCCUCUACCCUCUGGAUUUGUACAACGACUCGGCGCAGUACGCGCUCACGGUGUUCCGCAAGCAGUUCCUGUAUGACGAGGUGGAGGCCGAGGUCAACUUGUGCUUCGAUCAGUUCGUCUACAAGCUGUCCGAACAAGUCUACGCGCACUAUAAGCAGCUGGCCGCGAGCAUGUUGCUGGACAAGCGCUACCGUGCUGAAUGUGCGGCUAGAGGUGCCACCACGGGAGGUGGCGCGGGGCGAUACGCCUCGUUGCUGAGACAACGGCACGUGGCUCUGCUGGGACGACACGUCGACUUGAACGCUCUGGUGGCGCAGCGCAUCAAUGCCGACAUGCACCGCGCCCUGGACGCGGCGGUCGCCAAGUUCGAAGCCGGCGACAUCACCGGCGUCGUGGAAUUGGAAGGUCUGAUAUCGGUGAACCGGCUCUGCCACAAGUUGCUCAGCCGCUACUUGACCCUGGACGAGUUCGACGCGAUCCUGCGCGAGUCCGACCACGGUGUGCUCGCGCCUUACGGUCGAGUCACGCUGCACGUGUUCUGGGAGCUCAACUACGAUUUCCUGCCCAACUAUUGUUAUAACGCUGCCACGGAUAGAUUCGUGAAAUGCCGCGGCAUACAAUUCGCUGCGGGCGUGCAACGGGAGCGUCCGCAGCAGUACGGACACGCGUUGCUGUGGGGCUCCAAGCAGCUCAGCCUCGCGUAUUCCGCUCAAUACGCUCAGUACGCUGGGUUCGUGGGCGCGGUGCACCUGCACGCCCUGGUGCGGCUGCUGGGCUACCAGGGCGUGGCGGUGGUGGUGGGCGAGCUGCUGGGCGUGGCGCGCGGCCUGCUGCACGGCGCGCUGGCGCAGUUCACGCGCGCGCUGCACGCCGCCAUGCCGCGCCACUGCAAGCUGCCGCGCUACGACUACGGCUCCAACGGUGUCCUUGGUUACUAUCACGCCCAACUGACUGAUAUUGUGCAGUACCCAGAUGCCCGAACGGAGCUUUUCCAUGCUUUCCGAGAACUUGGCAACAUCAUACUAUUCUGUAUGCUGAUCGAACAGGCCCUGAGUCAAGAAGAAGUAACAGACUUACUUCACGCUGCACCAUUCCAGAAUAUUCUUCCGCGGCCGUAUACUGCAGAUGGGGAAAAGCCUGAAGUGAAGCAAAAGCGUCUAGAAGCGAAAUACGCAGCACUGCAGAUAGUACAAAAUGUUGACAAAUAUGGCACUGCAAAGCAAAGCCAGCUGGCGCGCGAGGGCGACCUGCUGACCCGCGAGCGGCUGUGCUGCGGGCUGUCGCUGUUCUCGGUGGUGCUGCGGCGGCUGCGCGCCUGCCUCGCGGCGCCGCAGUGGCCCAGCCCGCCCGCCGCGCCGCAGCACGCGCCGCUGCACACCGACGACACCAGCGAGUUCCACAGGUUAUGGUCUGCCCUUCAGUUCCUGUACUGUAUUCCUGUUGGUGAUACACAGUUCACGGUUGAAGAAUUGUUUGGUGAGGGCCUUCAUUGGGCUGGUUGCACCAUUAUAGCGCUUUUGGGUCAGCAGCGUCGCUUCGAAGCCCUGGAUUUCUGUUAUCACAUUCUGCGUGUUCAACGUGUUGAUGGAAAAGACGAAUUGGUUAAAGGAAUACCGCUGAAGCGCAUGGUGGACCGCAUCCGGCGGUUCCAGGUGCUGAACUCGCAGAUCUUCGGCGUGCUGGCGCGCCACCUGGUGGCGGACGACGAGCGCGCCGGCGUCGAGCACAUCCGCUGCUUCCCGCCGCCCGCCGCGCCGCUGCACCUCGCCGACUGA